AAUGCAAAAUUGAAAACUGUGAGUCCUGUUUCAGUCGAAACUUUUGCACAAAAUGUAAGGAAGGUUUGUAUUUGCACAAAGGGAGAUGUUACGUCACAUGCCCCGAAGGCUACGCUGCUGCCAACGGCACCAUGGAGUGCAGCAGUCCUGCACAAUGUGAAAUGAGUGAGUGGGGACCCUGGGGGCCCUGCUCCAAGAAGAGGAAGCUCUGUGGCUUCAAGAAGGGCAACGAAGACCGAACACGGCGGAUUCUGCAGGCUCCGUCCGGAGACGUGUCCCUGUGUCCUGCCACCACGGAGGUGCGGCGGUGCACAGUGCAGAAGAACCAGUGCCCCGAAGGGAAAAGGAAGAAAAAGGAAGAGCAAGGAAAGCAAGAUAAUGGGAACAGAAAUCGGAAGGACACCAAAGACGCGAAGUCUGGCACCAAGAAGAGGAAGAGCAAACAGCGAGGGGCCGUGGCGCCCGCGACGCCUGCCAGCCCUGCCCAGUAG